AUGGCCGACGCCUCCACGGACGGCGGCUUUCAGUGCCUGCAGCAGGCAAGCGCCUUGCGCGCGCAGAUCCUGGACCCGGCGCCCGACGCGAGCUUGUGCCGCAAGGUGAGCAAGCGCAUCGCCCGAGCUGCCAGCUGCGGGGUGGAGGUGGUUGGGGACAGCCUGGUGCUUUUGGGGGACGAAGACGCCUGCACGUGCGCGAGGCUGCUUUUGGAUUGGACCAACGAGCAGAAAGGCGAUGCCCUAGCCGAGCUGCGCCCAAGGGAAGCCAAUGGAUUAGACACCGCUGAGCUGACAGAAGCAGAGGUCAAGGCUCUCAGUGAGAGCAUCCUUGAGCAAGUGGAACAAGAAGCCACUGUAUACCUCUUCCUGAGGGAUGACCAUAGCGAGCAACAGUACAAAUCCGGAGAAAGGAUUGAGUUCCUUUGGACCGAUGGCGGCAAAGAACCUGGCAAGUGGUGCGAAGCCACAUUUGUUCGCAAGUCCGUAGGUGAUGGUGACGAGGUCAAGAUUCGUUAUCAACACGAGCAGAGAGACAUUGAGUGCACAGCGAAGCUUCGGCAAGUGCGGCCGGAGGAGUCAAAGCGAAGCCCCCCGGGGAUUUAUGUCUACAGCCGGGCUGCUGCCUGCGGCGGGCGCGCAGGGCUCGCCGUGGCAGAGCGUAAGCUUAAGGCGCUGCUCCGGGAUGCUGUGGGGAAGGCGUCCACAGGCCAAAGCUGGUUUCGUGACAAGGGGAAGGGCGUCGGAAAGGAGGGCAAGGGAAAGGCUUCGAAGCCAUGCUUCAACUUCCAGAAGGGCUUUUGCGACAGGGACAACUGCCUCUACUCGCAUGAUGUUGCAUUGGCUGGCGAGAAGGGCUCGAAAGGAGCUCCGGGCAAGGGCAGCUGGAGGCAGGAGAGCUCAGAUCGGAAUAAAAGCUGGAAGCAGAACCAAGAUGAUCAGAGCGGGCAAAGACAGCAAAGUUGGCAACAGAAAGAUGAUUGGCGGAAGGGUGAGUGGAAGAGCUCACAUGACUCGAACAAGUCGAACUGGAAGCAGGACUGGGGCCAGAAUCGAAAGGAGUGGGAAGCGAGGCAAGACUGGCAGAACAGGCAGCAGAACUCUGGCAAGAGCAAUGAGACUUGGUCCUCCUGGACUGCGCCAGCGGAGCCGCCCGGCCCGCCGCACCCACCCAUCCAGCACCAAAUCGAGGCUUUGCGGCAAAACAACCUUGACCUAGUGGCCAAGAACAGCCCUGCCUGGCAGAGUUUGAGCCCCGACCAAAUCCCCACCACCGUAGCUAUGUGGAGGCGCCGACAGAAUGAGUUCUUCCCUGACGCCAAGGAGCUACCGGAGCCCUGGAUCCGCACAUUGUCAAAGACAUCACGGAAAAUGUAUUUCACCAAUACGCAGGACCUCUCAAGUACCUACGACAUCGCAAGCUGCUUCUGA